GACGAGGAAGGACAGGAGGUGAAGUGCAAGGUAUAUGUAGGAGUGGGAUUAUGUAUGGCGCAAUGGUCGCGAGGGAAGAUCCGGGCGCCGAACAGGUCUGUGCAUCUUGAUUCUUGUUGCCAUUGCUAUUUGGGAAGUUGCAGGUCGCAUACCAGUGCAGGAGCUGUUGAUGGUUGAGCGUGCGAUGGGCAGUCGCAUAGUAGUCUGAGGAAAAACGUAUCUGGUCGUUCUCCAGGUUGCAGGAACGGCACCCGGAGCGUCGGAGAAUCGGCGCGCUGGCUCACAGACAUGCCAUUGACCGUGUACGCCGAUGUCUUCGACACGCUAUUUCACGUUGUUCCAUUGCUCCCUCGGACUGUUGAUUUGCAUCGAUGAUAUUUCUCAUCACCGCCAAUGUCCACAAGCACCUUCCAGUGAGCGUCGCCUUCCUGAUGCGGUAGCUGCAGCCGAUGACAGCGCCUAUCUCGGUAUGGAUAGGCCACGCGCCCUUGGGAGCUGGACACCGGGCCUGAGGUCCACGACACGCUCGACUCACCCACCACGACGCGGGGCACGCACGUCCUAUACCUUCUCGUGACCGCUCUCACAUCUUGGUCUGACGCUCUCCCGUGGGAUGAUAACAAUCAUAUUGAAGACCGGCCAGCAGAAAAGCGAAGCGUAGUCCAGCGUGAGCUCUGACACGGCCACUCGUCGGCACAAUGCUUCCUCCGUUCGACUACUUCGAGCACCGCGCCGCGUGCAAGCGGAAACAGGACGAGCGAGCUGCCCGCAUUGCCAACCUCCCCAAGCCAUACCAGCAACCCAUCACCGCCGACGAGUCCGACAUCCUCGAUGCCCCCAUUGAUCAAUUGGUCAAAGAUGUCCAAACGAAAUCCACCUCCGCCGUGGACGUGCUCCGAGCCUAUGGCAAGGCUGCCGUGAAGGCCCACGCGAAGACCAAUGCCGUGACCGAGGUCAUGAUCAGAGAAGCUGAAGGCUGGAUCGAAAAAGGCGAUAUCAAUCUGGAAGGGCCGCUGGCCGGCAUACCCGUCAGUCUCAAGGACAGCAUUGUCGUUGGUGGUUUCGACACCACUGUGGGCUACUCGUGCAAGACCGGCAAACCAUACCCGGCAGACGGAGGCAUUGUCCGUCUGCUCAAAGAUGCAGGUGCUGUGCCAUUCGUCAAGACCGCCUUGCCCAUCACCCUGCUGAGCUUCGAGAGCUUCAACGACGUCUGGGGACGCUGUCUGAACCCACACAACCCAAAGUACAGUCCAGGUGGCAGUACCGGUGGAGAAGGCGCCAUCCUCGCCUUCGGUGGCAGUAGAAUAGGUAUUGGAUCAGACGUCGCUGGUUCCGUUCGUGCUCCUGCGCACUUCUCAGGCUGCUAUUCCCUGCGAUGCAGUACUGGUCGAUGGCCCAAGUACGGCAUCGAUACCAGCAUGCCUGGCCAGGAGGGCAUCCCUUCUGUCUUCUCGCCCAUGUCACGUACACUUCCAGAUCUCGCCUAUUUCACUCGCGCCAUGAUACAGAUGAAGCCGUGGAACUAUGACCAGUCGGUACACCCCAUUGCUUGGAGAUCCGAAGUGGGAGACGACAUCUCCAACAGGAAAUUGAAGAUUGGCGUCAUGAGAUCCGACCAGGUGGUCGACCCGGCUCCAGCUUGUGCUCGCGCAGUGGAUAUCACCGUCGCGGCUCUCAAGGCUCAAGGCCACGAAGUCUUCAACGUAUCGCCGCCAAGCCCAUAUGAAGCCAUGGUCAUCGCCAGCAACCUCCUCAACGCAGAUGGAACCAAGACCUUCCGAUCAUUCUUUCGCACUGGUGAAUCAGAUGAUCCGGGUGCUCGAGAGUUCGGCCGAUACAUGCGUCUUCCUCGAUUCCUCAAAUGGUUCUGGUAUGCCUACGUCAAAUAUAUCAAGCGUGAUGAGAUCUGGGCUGGCCUCCUGGAGCACUGGCACGCGAAGAGCGCUCACGAGAACUGGCAAUGGGUCGCCAAGCGAGAAGUCUAUAAGGCGAAAUUCCAUGCGUGGUGGAAUACCUUCGGCGAGUUCGGCGACGGCAUGGAUUUUAUCCUCACGCCUCCAAAUGCUACACCGGCAGUCCCGCACAAUGGCAUGAAAGAGGCUAGUGCAUCUUGUGGCUAUACUUUCCUGUUCAACCUGCUGGACUACUCCUGCGGUAUCGUGCCCGUGACACACGUAGAUCCGAGCAAAGACAUCUUGCCACCAAGUGUCAAUGUCAGCAAAAUGAACGGCGUUGCAAGAGGUGCGUACAAGCAUUACGAUGCUGUGAAAAUGGCGGGACUUCCGGUGGCGGUCCAGCUUGUUGGUAGGAGACUUGAAGAGGAGAAGGUCAUCGCUGGCAUGCAAGUGCUCGAAGAUGCGCUCGAAGCACAAGGCCAGAAGUAUGAGCUGCUAUAUGGUUACGAUCAGUAGAGGCGUCUAAUAAUGGCAUUAUCUAUCUCUUUGCACUCGGCGUCGUCGUAUGGCGCCGCUGCCGACGUUUCCAACGUUCAGCCACCCGAAAUGCGGACUUAUCAACGGCCUUGAUAGGCGUUGGCUGCCAUCGAGAUGUAUGACACUGAUAGCACAGAGAGGAAACAGUCAUUUGUACGAUCGA